AUGAACUCAAAAUUCGUUAUCCUCGCCUCAAUCUUGAUCAUCUGCGCAUUUAUUGUUGAAGAAACAUCAGCUCAAUAUUAUGCUGGAGCUGCUUAUUCAAGUUAUUAUCCAUCAUCUUAUUAUGGAUCAGCUUAUGGAGCAUACAAUGGAUAUGCUGGAAGUUAUUAUGGUUACGGAUAUCCAUCAGCAUAUUCUUAUUAUGGAAAACGAUCUGCUGGAUUUGGACCAAAUCAACCAACUCAACAAUAA